GAGCAAGAUACAUACCAACGUCAUCGGCCCACCCGGGUACUCCGUACUCUUGCCCUGCUGAGGGAUGAUCCACGGGGCUUCUGCUCUCCGUGGCUCGUUCGAGUUGGGCAAGUGUACGGGAACCCGCCCCGCUGCCUCCCGAGGACGACGGCGCUGUAUCAACCAGGGCCCCCGCACCCUGAGCCCCCCCGAGGAAUGAACACGGGGGCCAAUCCCCUCCGUGAUUGUUCGGGGCUGCCAAGGGUUCGGGAACCCACUUAGCUGCCAUCUUUGAGGAUGCUGGGUUUGCAACCGGAAACCGGGAUCAGCAUGUAUGCUCAGCAUCGUGCCCCGGUGGAAGGGCCUCGCUAUAUGAACGGCUCCGGUCGGAUCAUGAACCUUGGGCCAAAAGAGGCCUCGUGGUUAGUCAAGUCAAGUCAUGCCUCCACGCGACAUGCCCAACUAGGGGCAAUUAAGCGGCCGGGAGCCUAUCAUCUGCGAUGCUUAUCGCUUGCGUUGGGGCGUGCGCGCGGGGCGUCGCGGCGCUUGCCUCGGCGUGAGCCUCCCCGGCGGCAGCCAGAGUGCGGCACCCCGGCGUGGCACGCGCCGCUGCGCUUACUGUCCCGGCCAUGUGAGCGGCGUCACCAGCCGUACGGCAGCCGUCACCCACAUGUCGUCACGGAGGCUGCGCCCCUUGGCGACGGCCCGCUCGGCAGCCAGUCGCGCCCAGCAUCCCGCCGAGGCAGUACGGCGCAGCGCCAUGCGUUCGUAGAGAGCCCAGAGAGCGCCGCCGCGCCGGGGCGCCCCGAGGCCAGGCCAGGCCAGAACCAUGCCGUGGGCAGCAUGCCUGCUAAGCAUGUCCUGUGCGCAGUCCUCGCGACCACCGUCGUCUUCGCCGCCCUCGCGGCCGCGGACGCCGGCGACAACGGCACGCAUGUGGCCGCCGUCGCUCACCGCCGCAACGACCGCGCGCCGCAGGGCGGAAGCGUCCCGGACCGGGCGGAGGCGCGCGGUGACCAGUACGAGCUCAUCUCCACGAGCAGCAGCAGCAGCAAAGACAAGGUGGCCUCCGCGGACCUCCCCGUCGCCGACAAGCAGUACGACUACCCACUCGUCCGACCCGUGUACGCGCCCUUCGUCACCCGGCCGUCGGUGCCGUCGUACGCCAUGCCCUUCGUCGAGAUCCUGGGCCACCACCGGGACCCGCCUUACGAGAUCAUUGACCACAACCACCGAGACCCUCCGACGUUCGUGACGACACAGAAGCCGGGGCACUACAUGGGGUCGCCGAUGGUGUCCACCGUCGUGGUGCAAGACUUGAGCCAGACGCCGCCAAGGCCGCCUAGGCCACCCCUGCCAUCCGUGAACCUGGACCACGACGAUGUGGUCUCGAUGAUAGACAACUUCCACCACCUCAACCCCACCAAGAUACCCUUCACCGACGUCAAGGUCGUCACCAAGCCACUCGGCGCCAAGCCCAGUGGGAAGCCCCCCGGCAGGCCCGCGCGCCCUCCCAACUUCACCGACAAGCUGGAGGAGACCUCCCUGGAGAAUAGCAGCGGCGCAGGGAGCGACGAGGACGAGCCGCUGCUUGAGAACCCGCCGAAUUUGGAUAUGGGCGGCAUUGUCGAGGAGGUGGUGAAAAAAGUGUUUCGUGAAAACCAAGUGCUGCACGACGCGGCGACCCUGCUGCCCACCGCGGAACCGGGGCUCAAGUCGUGGCCCUGCCCCCCGGUAACGUGCUGUUCGAGAGGAUCCGACGGCCCCGCGAGCAAGUGCUCCACUUUCGUCAAAUGUGUCUCAGGACGCCAGUGCCCGACGCGCGCCGAGCGCGUGCCGCAGGCGCUCGCGCUCAGCAAACCGUCAAAUGGCUACACCAACGCCACGGACCCCGAGGCAGACGUACGUGACGGGGAGCCACGCUUCAAGAAGAAGAAGAUCCUCAAGAAGAAAAAGAAGCUGCUCAAGAAGUUCCUGCUGCCGCUGCUGCUGGCCUACAAGCUGCUCUUCCUGCUCAUCGUGCCCAUGCUCGUCAACGGCAUGAUGAUGAUGAUGUCCUCAUCGGGCAUGGCCGGCUUCUUCUUCGCGCUGAUAGGGGCCUCCAUUACCAUGGUGAGGGUGUAUACCGGAGCGACACGUCCACCCCCACCGCCGCCUCCCCCCAACAAAGUGGUCAAAGUCAUAAAGUACGUCCAGACGACCCCGACGCCGUCGCCGUCCCCUCCGCCCCCUGCGCCCACGCUCCCCGCCCCCACAAUGAUGCAAAAACUUGAAGAGGACGGCAAUAUACGAAUAUUGUACACGUUGAAUAUAAAAGAGUAUUUCUUUAGCGAAUCUCAGCAGCACUCAGAAGAACAUGAAAUCACACAGAACAAUAGAUUAGUAAAUGUUUCCAAGUAA